AUGGGUGCCCGAUCUCGCUCAGGGUGUUUGUCCUGUCGGCGUCGCAAGAAAAAAUGUGACGAGACGAAGCCGAUCUGCGCGGCUUGCCUGCGCAAUGCCCUCAGCUGUGUCUGGCCAGACACAAGCCCGCUAGGAGCAGCCCCAGAGGUAGUGUCAACUCCGCAACUGCAAACACAAACGUUCCCUGCCCGCUCCGUACCUGCGUCUGACGCGUGGGCCCUCACCAUUGGUGCGCCCAGGGACCUCCCAACCAUUACUAUCCCGGCAUCCCCGUCCAGUUUUCCUCUGUUAGGAUCGGCGGCAUCGGGAUCGGAGACCUGGAGGCUACUUGAUCAUUACUUGAAAGAUACGGCAAACCGGCUCGCAUGUCUUCAGGAUAGCGAAAAUCCGUUUCUUCAUACAAUACUCCCAGUUGCGCUCGGCGAUGAACUUAUAAUGAAUUCAAUUCUGGCCCUUUCGGGGGUGCACAUGAUGCAACGGCUCCCUCGGCUGAAUCUCGAGAUGCAAUCAUUGACUUGGUCCCGGUAUACUCGAGCAUUGCAGCAACUCAGGCUUGCUUUGUCGGAGACCAUUGACGGUAGUAAUGUAGAUGCUGCCUGGCGUGCUUUGCUAGUUGUCUUGAUAUUCUAUCUUCUCGAGGCCACAAGGGGCAACGACCCGAAAGCCAUGCAGCGACAUUUAGAGGGAGCUCAUUAUCUAAUGGCUCAUGUACUACGCUCUGGUGAAACGCCCACGCAACCCAGUAUUGUAUCGUUCGCGACUGAACUUUAUGUCUACAACGCUGCCCUUGCAUCAUUCACUACGAAUUCCCCGCCAGCCCUGAUCACGUCCCCUAGCAUGAGCCUGAAUAGCCUUGGUAGCGCAGAUCGUGAAAUUGGCGUCCUAUGCGGCUGCGCCUAUGAGCUUUUCACCUUCGUACCACAAGUCGCAGCCUUACUCCGAAGUUUCGCCUCCUGUGAAUCCUCGGAGACAACCUUCAAGGAGGACCUGAUGUUAGAGUACUACAGCAUAAGAGCACAGAUCGAGAACUGGAAACCUCGCAGUGAUCAGCGAGAAUUGGUGCUCUGUGCAGAGCUCUAUCAGCAGAGCCUUUUGUUGCUCCUAGAUUACCGUUUUACAGACAAACCGACUGAUGAUAUUGUCGACCUCGCAUUCUGGAAACUUAACUCGAUCAUAUCGCAGUUGCCCCCGAACUCUCCCAUUGCGACCACGGCAAAUUGGCCUCUUUUUGCAUUCGGGAUACAUGCUCGGAAAUCACAUCACCGAGAGAUUAUUCGGUCAUAUCUACAGUCUCUCGUCAAGUUCUUUGGGAUGGGAGUGAUGUCAACAGCGCUCAGGCAGCUUGAAGAGCUGUGGAUAUCAGAGCCUGGACAUGAUGUGAUCAGCAAGUUCUUUACGAACCAGAACGAAUUGCUAUUGAUCUGCUGA